GUCUUGGAGAGGUGUGAUCUGGAGCUGGAGACCAAUGGCCGAGACCACCACACGGCCGACCUGUGCCGGGAGAAGCUGGUGGUGCGACGGGGCCAGUGUAGACAGUCUUACCUUCAGUGUCGUGACCGGCCCAGCCCCCAGCCAGGAGGCCGGGACCAAAGCCCGUUUUCCACUACGAGAUGCUGUGGAGGAGGGUGACUGGACGGCCACCGUGGUGGACCAGCAAGACUGCACCCUCUCGCUACAGCUCACCACCCCGGCCAACGCCCCCAUCGGCCUGUAUCGCCUCAGCCUGGAGGCCUCCACUGGCUACCAGGGAUCCAGCUUUGUGCUGGGCCACUUCAUCUUGCUCUUCAAUGCCUGGUGCCCAGCGGACGCUGUGUACCUGGACUCGGAAGAGGAGCGGCAGGAGUACGUCCUCACCCAGCAGGGCUUUAUCUACCAGGGCUCGGCCAAGUUCAUCAAGAGCAUACCUUGGAAUUUUGGGCAGUUUGAAGAUGGGAUCCUAGACAUCUGCCUGAUCCUUCUAGAUGUCAACCCCAAGUUCCUGAAGAACGCCGGCCGUGACUGCUCCCGCCGCAGCAGCCCCGUCUACGUGGGCCGGGUGGUGAGCGGCAUGGUCAACUGCAACGAUGACCAGGGUGUGCUGCUGGGACGCUGGGACAACAACUACGGGGACGGUGUCAAUCCCAUGUCCUGGAUCGGCAGCGUGGACAUCCUGCGGCGCUGGAAGAACCACGGCUGCCAGCGCGUCAAGUACGGCCAGUGCUGGGUCUUUGCUGCCGUGGCCUGCACAGUGCUGAGGUGCCUGGGCAUCCCCACCCGCGUCGUGACCAACUACAACUCAGCCCAUGACCAGAACAGCAACCUUCUCAUCGAGUACUUCCGCAAUGAGUUUGGGGAGAUCCAGGGUGACAAGAGCGAGAUGAUCUGGAACUUCCACUGCUGGGUGGAGUCAUGGAUGACCAGGCCGGACCUGCAGCCGGGGUACGAGGGCUGGCAGGCCCUGGACCCAACGCCCCAGGAGAAGAGCGAAGGGACGUACUGCUGUGGCCCAGUUCCAGUUCGUGCCAUCAAGGAGGGCGACCUGAGCACCAAGUACGAUGCGCCCUUUGUCUUUGCGGAGGUCAAUGCCGACGUGGUAGACUGGAUCCAGCAAGACGACGGGUCCGUGAGCAAAUCCAUCAACCAUUCCCUGACCGUUGGGCUGAAGAUUAGCACUAAGAGUGUGGGCCGAGACGAGCGGGAGGAUAUCACCCACACCUACAAAUACCCAGAGGGGUCCUCAGAGGAGAGGGAGGCCUUCACAAGGGCCAACCACCUGAACAAACUGGCCGAGAAGGAGGAGACAGGGAUGGCCAUGCGGAUCCGUGUGGGCCAGAGCAUGAACAUGGGCAGUGACUUUGACGUCUUUGCCCACAUCACCAACAACACCGCCGAGGAGUACGUCUGCCGCCUCCUGCUCUGUGCCCGCACCGUCAGCUACAAUGGGAUCUUGGGGCCCGAGUGUGGCACCAAGCACCUGCUCAACCUCAACCUGGAGCCUUUCUCUGAGAAGAGCAUUCCUCUUUGCAUCCUCUAUGAGAAGUACCGUGACUGCCUCACAGAGUCCAACCUCAUCAAGGUGCGGGCCCUGCUCGUGGAGCCAGUUAUCAACAGCUACCUGCUGGCUGAGAGGGACCUCUACCUGGAGAAUCCAGAAAUCAAGAUUCGGAUCCUUGGGGAGCCCAAACAGAAACGCAAGCUGGUGGCCGAAGUGUCCCUGCAGAACCCGCUCCCUGUGGCCCUGGAAGGCUGCACCUUCACUGUGGAGGGGGCCGGGCUAACCGAGGAGCAGAAGACAGUGGAGAUCCCAGACCCCGUGGAGGCAGGGGAGGAAGUUAAGGUGAGAAUGGACCUGCUGCCGCUCCACAUGGGCCUCCACAAGCUGGUGGUGAACUUCGAGAGCGACAAGCUGAAGGCUGUCAAGGGCUUCCGGAAUGUCAUCAUUGGCCCCGCCUAAGGGACCCCUGCUCCCAGCCUGCUGAGGGCCGCCACCUUGAUCCCAAUCCUUAUCCCAAGCUAGUGAGCAAAAUAUGCCCCUUCUUGGGCCCCACACCCCAGGGCAGGGUGGGCAGCUUAGGGGGUCUUGUGGAAAUGGAAUGUGCCCCUGGCCCAUCUCAGCCCCCUGAGCUUGUGGGUCCCCACUCACCCCCUUAGCUGUGAGGAAUGCUCUGUGCCAGAAACAGUGGGAGCCCUGACCUUGGCUGACUGGGGCUGGGGUGGGAGAGGAAAGACCUACAUUCCCUCUCCUGUCCACGUGCCCUUUGGAAAGCCAUUGACCACCCGCCAUAUUGUUUGAUCUACUCCAUAGCCCCUUGGAGCGUGCAAAAAAGGGACAGCAUGCCCCUUGGCUGGAUCAGGGAAUCCAGCUCCCCUAGACUGCAUCCUGCACUCUUCCCCUGACUGCACCCAGCUCCAGGGGCCCUUGGGACAGCUAGAGCGGGGUGGGGACAGUGAUAGGCCCAAGGUCCCCUCCACAUCCCAGCAGCCCAAGCUUAAUAGCCCUUCCCCUCAACCUCACCAUUGUGAAGCACCUACUAUGUGCUGGGUGCCUCCCACACUUGCUGGGGCUCACGGGGCCACCAACCCAUUUAAUCACCAUGGGAAACUGUUAUGGGCACUACUUCCAGGAUGAGGAGACUGAGGCUUAGAGAAAGAGGCGGCCCCCUCCGCACCAGUGGCCUCGUGAUUAUUAGCCAGGCUGGGUAAUGUGAAGGCCCAAGAACAGAGUCUGGGCCUCUGACUGUGAGUCCACUGCUCCACUUAUGACCCCAGCCUGACCUGAGACUGUCAGAGAGGCUGUCUGGGACCUGAUCAAAAAAAGAUUCAGCUGAGACAAGGAGGUAGGGAGGGGAAUGGGGGACUGGGGGACUGGGAGUCAGGGCCCUGGCUGGGUUCAGGUCCCACGUCUGACCAGGUGCUGCCUUCCCCUCUCUGGGCCUCGGUUUCCUUAUUGGUCAGAGGAGUGAUUGAACCAGCUCAUCUCCAAGGGUCCUCUCCGCUCCAUCUUUGCAAUGCUUUUAUAGGGCCCAGCCUUGUGAAUAACCACAAGGUCCACUCCUUGCUCCACAAAGCCUUAAGCCAUAGGCCCAGGAUAUUUCUGAGAGUGAAACCAUGACUGUGACCACCUUCUGUCCCCAGCCCUGUCCUGGUCCCCUCCUGUGCCCAGAUACCACCCUUCAGACCCCAGUUCUAGGGGAGAAGAGCCCUGGACACCCCUGCCCUACCCAGGAGCCUGCCUGCUGCAAUGCCUAGACUUCCCAACAACCUUAGCUGCCAGUGCUGGUCACUAACCAACAAGGUUGGUACCCCAGAUACCCCUUCUUUGCAGGGCUAAGGCCCCCAAACACAGCCCCUGCCCCUGAGGAAGCUUGGGGAGCCUAUGAGUUGUCAGCUGUGAUUUUAUCUCCUGCUCUUUCUACAUGACUGGGCCUCCCUCGGGCUGGAGGAAGGGGGGAUUCUCUAUUGAAGGAGAUCACAGCCUCCAGGGCCCCCCCAAAUCCCAGAGAAGGACUUGGAGAGAAUCAUGCUGCUGCAUUUAGAACUUUCUGCUUUGCACAGGAAAAAGUCACACAAUUAAUCAACAUGUAUAUUUUCUCUAUACAUAGAGCUCUAUUUCUCUACGGUUUUAUAAAAGCCUUGGGUUCCAAGCAGGCAGUAGAUGUGCUUCUGAACCGCAAGGAGCAAACACUGAAAUAAAAUAGUUUAUUUUUCACACUCAAA